ACACAUACAUACAUACAUACAUACAUACAUACAUAGAGAGAGAGAGAGAAAGAGAUAAAGCCUUUUCCUGUUUUAACCAAUUAGAUUAAUCUUCAUUCGAAAUAUUAAUAGAUUAACAUGUUAUUCCAUUUUAUAAAUGUCUAUUUCAAUUAAUUAAUUAUCUAUAAUUAAUGAAUCAGAUCAAUCAUUGCAUAGUAACAUAAUUUAAUUCCAAUCAAUUUUAUUGUUGUUGUUGUUGUCAUCGUCGUCGUUGUUUUUUGUUGUUGUCAUCGUCGUUGUUGUGAUUGUUUGUCGUCAUCGUCGUCGCCGUUGUCGUUGUUUUUUGUUGUUGUCAUCGUUGUUUAUUGUCGUCGUUGUCAUCGUUGUCGUUGUCGUCGUCGCCGUCGACGUUGUCGUUGUUUGUUUACUUAUUAUUAUUUUCCAAAAAAAUAUGUUUUCCAAUUGUUUUGAACAAAAUAAAAAUUCUCAAUUUAUUCAUAUUUUUAAUGAAUAUCAAUUGAAUAAUAAAAUUUUAUUUACAUCAUUAAUUAUCAUUAUGUUAAUAACAUGGAGUAUAUUCUAUGUCAUUAUUCCUCAUACUAAUAGUACUACUACUAUUACUACUACUACUACUAUUACUACUAAUGGAAUAGAUCCAUUCAUUACAAAUAAUUCAUUGGAAAACAAAGUUCAUAUUGUGAUCUUAUUUGAUGGUGAUCGUGGUCUACAAUAUUUGAAUAGUCUACUUAAAUCUAUUUUCUAUUAUCAAAAUGGAAGAUUUCGAUGUGAUUUAAAAGCUUGUUGUCUAUCAAACUUUUGUGAUCGAUUCAUGAAUGAUUGUCAUACUGUUAUGAAUAAUGGAUCAACAACAUAUACAACUGUAUUUCAUUUCUUAAUAACGACGAUUUCAUCAAAUCGUCAGUUGGUGAACUUGAUGAAUACAUGGAAAUUACAUAAUAUGGAAUAUCAUUUUUAUAGUUGUAGUAAUCAUCUGGAAGAUAUUUGGUGGAUUCAAUCUAGGCAUCCUUCAGGCGUUAAACCAUUUUUAAAAUUGAUGAUUACAGAAAUUCUUCCAUCUACAAUCAAUAAAGUAAUUGUACUAGACAUUGAUAUACUACUGAAUACAGAUAUUAUUGAAUUAUGGAAUCAUUUUAACUUAUUUAAAGAAACUCAGGGUUACGGAUAUAAUAAUGGUGUUCUGUUACUUGAUCUGUCUAAAUUACGAUCAACCAAUUGGAAUCAUCUAUGGUUGAGUAUAACUAGAAGAGCUAUUGAAAGACAAGGUUACUUAAUCACUGGUGAACAGGACAUUAUAAAUCUAGUACUAUUUGAAUUUCAAUACAUUUUAUAUGAGAUUCCAUGUGUAUGGAAUAUCCAAUUAAGUGAAGGAAGUGAUAUACAACGAUGUCCUGUAAGUUGGUUAACUUAUAAUGAAUUAAAGAAACGUAAUUAUACAACAAUCGUUAAACAACCAAAACUUAUUCAUAUUAAUCAUCAUAUAAAACCAGAUGAUUUAAAAGUGAAUGAUACACCAACUGAAUACAUUGAUCAAUCUGAUAUGAUUCUUAAACAAUAUGAAUUAUAUGAUAAAUUUGUGUCCGUAUAUCGUCAAUAUACUCGAUUACAUCAAUCAUGUUUCCAAUAGUUUCAAUUCAAGAACCAAUCAAUUUCGAUAUUGAUCUUUCAAUCAUGUAGUUCAUGGGCUAUUCCUUGUCUUCAAUCAAUAGAAUCGAUUAUCUAUUAUUUUUGUAUUGAUAUAAAUACACUUCAAAUAAAUUUGAUUGAUAAUAACAAGAUGAUAUUCUAAGACUGUUUCUAUGGAAUUGUGUAUAUCUACGGAAUUAAGGAACAUUAAUUGUUGAAUGAGAUAACCAUGGAUUAUAGUCAAGAUAUAGUGAGAUAUGAAAUACCACGUGGAUAGAUCAUCAUAUACAACUUUAAUAUUACUUAUAUAAUGAUAUUCUUAUAUUCAUAAUAAGUAGUAU